AUGAUUGGGAAGUACCUAGGGGGAAACACGUACCGGUUCUAUGAAUGCGAUGUGCUCGACCUUAAGAAAAAGUACUCACUCACUGAUUUCUUUGAACAACUGUUCGACUAUGUAUUCCCCACAGAUUUCCGUAUGAUCCAGUGCCAGAAAUGA